UGAGUAUGUUCUAGAUGAUUGAAUGAAAACAAAUACAUUUGAUUAUAAAGUUGCAGUAGUAAUAGUAACAAGAGAGAGAGCGAUAGAUUCAUCUAUGAUCCAUGUAUCACUUAUUAGUCAAACCACAAAAAACUUUGUCUUGUUUCACAGUAAACAUACAAACAGCAGCCUUUCUAGUUUCUAUUACAUACGUACUCUGUCUGUCUGUCUCUCUUCAUUAUUUCUUCUUUUUGGCCUUGUCUUCUUUUAGCAACAACAACAUCGUUGAAAACAACAAUAUCUUAUCACCACCACACCACCACUAACUACCUCCACCAAUCUCAUUCAUUUUCACAUUCACAUUCACAUUCACAUACAUAACAUAACACCAUCAUCAUCAUCAUCAUCAUCGUCGUCAUUAUGAACAUCUUCAUCUUCCUCUUCGCCACCUUAUUAACAACUCUCCCUCACCCUUCUCUCUCUGCCACGUGUCCUCUCAACUUCACACUCCUAACAAUCCUCACCGGCGCCGCCUCAACACCACCGUCUUCCUUCACUUCAACUCCAUGUCAAUUCGUUCACCAGGCCCUCCGCCUCGUCCAAUCCGACUACCUCCGCCGCACCGACUUCUUCCUCCCUCCGUUAAACUCCUCCAUCCCAUGCUGGAACUCUUUCCAAUCCUACAUCAACCAGUUCGCUCCGAAAUUCGACAUUCGUUCCUCUUGCGGCUUCCAAACGAAUUGGAUCUCACAAGGUUGCGUCAACGUCACUACAAAACAACAAUUUGAAUCAAUCAUUCCUCAAUCCGCAAUUCUCAACAUGCAAUCCAAUUGUAACCAAUCAAUUGAAGAUAAUUCUCCCUGUGCUCUUUGUACAACUAGUUUAUCUGGUUUGCCUCCUCUUGGUCAAUCCAUCGGUAACCUCUCUGAUUGCAUUGGUUACCCUUCCAUCUACGCUGCUGCUUUUUCAAAUCAAUUUGGACCGUCGGAUCCUGGUACUGCUAAGUGUUUGUUUGCCCUUGAUUUCACCUCUGGAAGUUCUUCUGGUAAUAAGAAAAAGGUUGUUGUUAUUGUUGUGUCAGUUGUUUCUGCUUUGGUUCUUUUGUUGAUAAUUAUAGGGGUUUGGGUUUAUUGGAAAUUUAAUGAUAAGGCAAUUGGGGAUGAUAAGGAUCAUGGUGUUAAUAUCGGUGAGGCGGGUUCGGUUUCUGGGUUGGAAACAAUGGAUCAUAGUACUACUUUAAUUAGAUUCAGUGUUGACGAUAUUAAGAAGGCGACAAAGAAUUUUCAUAGAGAUAAUAUAAUUGGGAAAGGGGGUUAUGGAAAUGUGUAUAAAGGGCUAUUGUCGGAUGGAAGUGAAGUUGCUUUCAAGAGGUUUAAGAAUUGUUCUGCGGCUGGUGAUUCUAGUUUCACUCACGAGGUUCAAGUUAUUGCUAGUGUUAGGCAUGUGAAUCUUGUUGCUUUGAGAGGUUAUUGUAGUGCGACGACACGUUUAGAGGGUUAUCAGAGGAUUAUUGUUUGUGAUUUGAUGAAAAAUGGGAGUCUUCAUGAUCAUUUGUUUGGUUCUAUUGGGGCGAAACUUAGUUGGCCGGUUCGUCAGAAGAUUGCGCUUGGAACUGCUAGGGGAUUAGCUUAUUUGCAUUACGGAGCUCAACCUGCUAUCAUUCAUAGGGAUAUUAAAGCGAAUAAUAUACUUUUGGAUGAUAAGUUUGAAGCUAAGGUCGCUGAUUUUGGACUUGCAAAGUUUAAUCCUGAAGGAAUGACUCAUAUGAGUACAAGGGUGGCUGGAACUAUGGGAUAUGUUGCGCCCGAGUAUGCUUUGUAUGGACAAUUAACAGAAAGGAGUGACGUGUUUAGUUUUGGUGUUGUGCUUCUUGAGCUAUUGAGUGGACGAAAGGCUCUUCAAACGAACGAUGAUGGACAACCUUCUGCUUUGACUGAUUGGGCUUGGUCGUUAGUUAGAACGGGAAAGGCGUUGGAUGUUAUUGAAGAUGGGAUGCCAGAACAAGGUUCAAAUCAAGUUCUUGAGAAGUAUGUGUUGAUUGCUGUGCUUUGUUCUCAUCCACAGUUAUAUGCUAGGCCAACAAUGGAUCAGGUUGUUAAAAUGAUGGAGACUGAUGAUGAACUAGUUCCAUCGAUACCUGGACGGCCGAUUCCUCUUGUUGCUGCGAGGCUUGAUAUUGAGAGAUCUAUAAGCAGUAGUGGCGGCUCCGGUCAGCUAUCUAGUCCAACGGGUUAUCAAUCAUUCACUUUAGAAAUGGGAAGUGAACGCUAUUCUUCUAGUCAUUUAAGGGAAGAAAGAAGCUCAGCCUCUAGGAUUUUGAGUUCGGAUUUGGAUGAGUGACGGCAUCAUUUGAUUGUACAUUUAGAUUAUAGAUUGUAUGUUUAUUGAAGCUACCAUUUUCUGCUACAUACGUAUAGUGUCACGCCAAAUGUACAGAUUUUGAUUCUUAUUUUUUGAGAUUUUACUUGGUGGCAGGGGUAUGAUCAAGUUUUGCUGAUUUGAGUAUAUAUCAGUGUAUUGUAUCA